ACACUCACACAAACUGGGUCGAUGUGCGAAAGAUGGCGGCUGCUGUGCGGUAUGGCUCCUAGUCUCCUUAGUGUUUAUCGUCUCCAGGUCAUCUCGAUUCGCCGCGAAAUUUCCAUAAACUCGCGAUUUGAUCACUAACCCCUGUUAACCAUCCUAAUCCAACAAUGUGAAUACACACAGAAGAAAAAAAUAAAUAAACAAAGCCCCUGUGCGCCAUCGUCUCAGCAUUUGUCGCUGCAACUCGUGGAGUUGACCGAUUCAUUCAAUUUUUUUCGGAUUAAAAAAAUGCUUUCCCCCUGGAGUUAACAGAUUUGUUUGCAGCGUGUGUUAUAAUAGUGCUGGAAUCCGUGGUGAAUACACAUAUCGGUGUGCUAGGGGUCGAAGGGGCAGCGAGACAAAGAGAGAGAACUCGAGAGCGAGGAAUAAUUUUGAUUUCCCCAGCUGAAGAGGGAACAAUAGACGACAAGUGACUGGGGUUUGUGCGUGUGCCGGACUUCGGCCCGGUUAAUAUUGUCAUAGACAUGCUCAAGCAAUUGCAGAUGGGAAUGAGAGCUUUCCUUCUUAUGGCUUCCCGCGUGUGGACUUGCAUCUGCUUUCUGCUCAAGAAGCAGGUUAGAGCCAUCUCGCAGCUGCAACCAGUGAAAUAUGAGAUCUUCCCACUGUCGCCGUUGUCCAGGCACAGACUCAGCAUAGUAAAGAGAAAAGUAUUAGUGUUAGAUCUAGAUGAGACGCUGAUACACUCACAUCACGAUGGAGUAGCGAGGCCGACAGUCAGGCCUGGAACGCCUCCUGAUUUUGUUCUUAAGGUGACGAUAGAUCGACAUCCGGUCAGAUUUUUCGUCCACAAAAGGCCACAUGUUGAUUUUUUUCUGGAUAUUGUUAGCCAGUGGUAUGAACUCGUAGUGUUCACAGCAUCAAUGGAGAUAUACGGAGCAGCAGUUGCUGAUAAAUUGGACAACAACAGGGGUAUAUUAAGACGUAGAUAUUACAGACAACAUUGUACACCUGAAAUGGGUUCUUAUACCAAGGACCUAGCUGCCAUUUGCUCAGAUUUGGCGUCUGUUUUCAUACUGGAUAAUAGUCCUGGGGCUUACAGAGCGUAUCCACACAAUGCAAUACCGAUAAAAUCGUGGUUCAGUGAUGCUGGUGACACCGCCCUCUUGAGCCUCCUUCCAGUCUUAGACGCCCUGCGUUUCACCCAGGACGUACGCUCAGUACUAUCGAGAAAUCUACACCUACCUCACACUGGGUAGCUAAAUAAACCCAUCCCAUCAUUCAAUCGACUCAAUUAGACUAGACUAGAUAAAAGAAAAAACGAAAAAAACUGAAGAGAGAAAAAAAUGAUAAUGCAGUUUAGUGUGUCUAAUCUUAGGAUUAAAUACUGUUAUUAAAAUAGAUAUAGAACACCCUGAUGAUGAGACGACGAGAAAAAUAUAUUGUUUAUUUGUUUUUUUCUAAAUUUUUGGGCGGACGGGAAUUUAUUCUGUAGCUGAUUGAUGAGAAAAUCAAUCUAGAAAAUUGCUGGCAUUAGAGGGAAAGUCGAGAGAUUCCUUUUAAUGACACGUAAUUAUUUGAAAAAUUCGAUUCUUGUCUCUAAAUCCCCAAAGUAAGAGUGAUGAAAUCACACACGAAUUGGAAAAUAACACGGUACCCAUGAGAUACAGAGGAACAUGUCAUAAGACAUUUUUGUAGAGAAUUUUGUAAGCUACAAAUAACGUUACAUGGUAUUUUCUCUUUAACCCUUUAGUUUCUGAGAAAUUCCCAAAAUACUCAGCAAGAAACAUUUCAAUUCUCGAAAAUUAGCUACAGAACUCAGUGAAUACUUAUUUGAGUAUAUCUCCAGACAAUGGGAAACGUCAGCCAAUACUUUCUUCAGCACAAAGCGUCCUAGGAUCACAACAAUCCUCGAUUCAAUUUACGGUAAUUUAUGUAAAUAAUUUAAUAAAAAAAAAUAACUUUAUCGAUUGAUCUAAAAAAAUUGCAUCAGCCAAAGAUCGCUUUACAAACAAGAUACGUUCGUGAGACUCCUGAUUAUUAUUUCACUUCGAAGAGUAGAGAAUUCCAUCGGUAAACCACUAUUUUCGACGGUGGAAUACCAUUCGUUCUUUUGUGCGUUGAUUUUAGAGAUAAAUUGCAAAUGUUUAUUUGUACCAUCGACCUAGGAUGGCUCAUAAAAUGGUGAAAGAUACUAAGUCACAGAUUUUUUUUCAUUUUCUAGACUGACUCGUGCAACUCACUGUAUCAGUGAGGCAUUAGUCCACAUUUAUGAUUAAUCUAAUGAAUAAAGAGUAUUAAUAAAGUUACAUAUUGAAAUUACAUGACAAAUUUUGGAACAAAACAUGUAAAUCUGUUAUGAAUGCCAUUCUUUCAGGGAGAAUUUAACUCAGGCGGUCUUGAUAUGUUCAUGGAGUACAUGCACAUUUGUCUAUUCUCGAUUAAUUGAACUUGAGCGAAUAAAAUUAUGAAAAUUUCCUUUUCAA